AAAAUAAAAUAAAAUAUCGCAAUUACAGGUUCAUUUAUUCUCGUAGGAGGAGAGGGUUUAGAGCAAAAAGUAAAAAUGGCUACUUCGCUUUCGCUCUCUUGUUGUUCUCCCACUUUCACUUUAACUCGUAACACUCUCUUCUUCACCAAAACCGUCCCAUUUUCUCGCCCCUUCUCUUCCAAUCCCUCCACCAAUACUCUUUUUUCUCUCUCCCCUCCCCGCCGCUACUUCGCCAUCCGCGCUGAUUCCCAAAACGCCGUCGACCCCGCCCGCCACUACGACUUCGACCUCUUCACUAUCGGUGCCGGGAGCGGCGGCGUCCGAGCCUCUCGCUUCGCCACCACUUUCGGUGCUUCCGCUGCUAUCUGCGAGCUCCCUUUCUCCACUAUUUCAUCUGAUACCACCGGAGGUGUCGGCGGCACUUGUGUAAUACGUGGAUGUGUGCCAAAGAAAUUGUUUGUCUAUUCCUCUAAAUUUUCUCAUGAAUUCGAAGAAAGCAAUGGUUUUGGAUGGAGAUAUGACAGUGAACCUAAGCAUGAUUGGAGUAGUUUGAUUGCUAAUAAAAAUGCUGAGUUGCAGAGGCUUACUGGUAUAUACAAGAAUAUUUUGAAGAAUUCUGGUGUCAAGUUAAUUGAAGGUCGUGGAAAGAUUAUAGAUCCUCACACAGUAGAUGUUGAUGGGAAGUUAUAUUCAGCCAAACACAUUUUAGUUUCAGUUGGAGGUCGGCCCUUCAUUCCUGAUAUUCCUGGAAAGGAGUAUGCAAUAGAUUCAGAUGCUGCCCUUGAUUUACCAUCAAAACCUGAGAAGAUAGCCAUUGUUGGCGGGGGUUACAUUGCCUUGGAGUUUGCUGGUAUCUUUAAUGGUUUAAAAAGUGAAGUUCAUGUAUUUAUACGGCAAAAGAAGGUUUUGCGGGGAUUCGAUGAAGAGGUUAGGGAUUUUGUUGCAGAACAUAUGUCUUUAAGAGGUAUUGAAUUCCACACCGAGGAAUCUCCUGUAGCUAUCACUAAGGCAGCUGAUGGUUCGUUGUCUUUAAAGACCAACAAAGGUACGGAGGAAGGCUUCUCGCAUAUUAUGUUUGCUACAGGACGAAGACCUAAUACUAAGAAUUUAGGGCUGGAGUCUGUUGGUGUGAAAAUGGCUAACGAUGGAUCAAUAGAGGUUGAUGAAUACUCUCAAACAUCGGUUCCUUCAAUUUGGGCAAUUGGGGAUGUUACAAACAGGAUAAAUCUCACACCAGUUGCUUUGAUGGAGGGAGUGGCGUUAUCGAAAACAUUGUUUCAGAAUGAGCCAACAAAACCUGAUUAUAGAGCCAUUCCUUCUGCUGUGUUUUCCCAACCACCAAUUGGAGUAGUUGGUCUUACAGAGGAACAGGCUGUAGAACAAUAUGGUGAUGUUGACAUCUUCACAGCAAAUUUUAGGCCACUGAAGGCCACCCUCUCUGGGCUUCCAGACCGAGUUUUGAUGAAACUAAUAGUCUCUGCAAAAACAAAUAAAGUUCUGGGUUUGCACAUGUGUGGAGAUGAUGCUGCUGAAAUCAUGCAGGGGUUUGCAGUUGCUAUUAAAGCUGGAUUGACAAAAGCAGACUUUGAUGCCACUGUAGGUAUUCACCCAACUGCAGCUGAGGAAUUUGUGACCAUGAGGACUCCCACUAGAAAGAUACGGAAGAGUCAUGCUUCAGAGGGAAAGUCAGAUUCUGAAGUAAAAACUGUGGCCCGGUCUUAACAAUACUACUUUCCUUCAAUCGUUUUACCACAAAAAAACUUGCCGAUGCCUUAAGCAGGCAGGUUGUUGCUCAAUUUGGAAUGAUCUCCGGCAACCAAGCGUUCAAGAAAAUACAUGAAAUAGCCCGUUGUGAUCGUUUGAAAUGAUUCUCUAGUGUUGCAUUGUUGUCAUGUUUUACCGUUCUGAACCAGAAAAGAGAGGAUGGAAUUUUGGGAGCUUUUAUAGUAUAGGCCACUUGUAAUUUAUUCUUUACUUUCACCUCAUCCUUUUGUACAUAUUAGGAGGAAAUUUCGUGAGGGACCAUAAUGUUAAAUUAAUCGAUCUGUAUCUAAUUUGAAGCAACUGGAAUUGAGACAGGGAGCAUGUAUGCAUGAAUACUAUCCCACAACAGUGAGCUUAGCGAACUGGGUAAGACUGUAAGAGCGUGAGGAAGAGUUGAUCAGGAUCGUACAAUUUUCUAUAAAUGGUUAAAAUUUGAUUUAAGUAGAAUAUUAGCUUCA